GCUCACUGAGCUUUUGCCACUCUCUCUCUCUCUCUCUCGCUCUCUCUCUCUCUGUCUGGCUUUAAGUUCACUUCUUCAGACCUCAGUCUCCAUCGGUGGGGGUUUUCAACAGGCACACUUCUGCUCCUGACGUGAAUGAUCCAGAGGGGGAAGCCAUGCUCCCGGCGGCCCUUCGUCAGAUCGGCGCGGUUGUGCUGCUGUGCCUCUGCAGCAGCCUGGCCACACCUCUGCUUCUUUACAGUCCUCCAGAGGGAAGUGCAGAUGAAGGAGAACUUACUACCUUCAGUGUUCCUCUUUCCACCCUCAACAUCUCUUUCGAGAGUGAAACCACCCCGGUCAGCCCGUACCGCGAGGAGGCAGACGCUCCGAAACAGAUUGUGAGAUUCCUGAAAGAGUACAAGCUCCUCAUCGCGGUGGCGAGCGGCCUCAUCCUGCUCCUCCUGCUCAUCGUCUGCGGGGCGGUUUUUAUGAGCCGCAGACGGAAAGUCAAUGCCUACUACCCUUCCUCCUUCCCCUCGAAGCUGUACGUGGACGACAGAGACAAAACUGGGGGGGCAAAACUUUUCAACGAAGUGGAGGGAAGAGCGGCUCCUGAGCAGGAGAGCGAGCCGCUGGAUUCUCACAAGCAGCUCCAGGCGGACAUCAUGAAGGCGGUGAAGAGCCUGCGCACACCCAACAAAUGCGAGAGAGGUGACCCGAGCCCGAAGGUCGCAGGUCACAGCCCGGAGGAAAACGCCACGGACCCUCAUCUGCUGAGCAUCCCUGAGGAGAAGGCGCCGUGCGAGCUGUCUGAGGCGGCAGCAGGCACCUCGGAGUCGGGCGAUCCGGAGCCGUCUCAGCCGCAGGAGGACGGUUCUCGAGAGGCUUUGAUUGGCAGGAGCCUGCGGCCCUCGUCUCUACACAUUCACAGCGACUCCGCCACACUGCAGCUCAUCGCCGGAGAGAAGACCGCCUUCUAACUGCUUCCAGAGCAGAUACCGAUCUCUGAGGCAAAAAACAAGGAAAGUUACUACAAUCCACAGAUGGUUAUCUAAUAGGCUUUUUAUUCCUAUAAAUAUAGCAAACCUCAUUUUUAAACAUAUUUUUAUAGGACUGAGGCCUGAGGGCCUCGUGGUUACAUGGCUCCGCCAAAGAACUGAGUGGCAGGUGAAAAUAAAGACUGCCAAAACUGAAGCUCUAUAUUUAUUGAAGUCCAAUUAAACAAAAAAUAUUAAGAACUUACUCAUGUGCUGAUAUACCAAUGGUACUAUGACUGAUAUAAUGCGAGUGACUGAGAUAUGACAUUUUUAUCAUCCGGCGUUCGAGAUGUCAUGUUAUUGUAGGUUUGUGGCUUAAAUAUGUUCAUUCAAAGUUCAUUUUUUUGUAAACAGUGAAGAUAUGUUUUAUAUGUAAAUAAAUUGUUGCCAUAC